AAACGGCUCAAGGUCACCAGCGGUAGCAUCGAUUUCAAAAUGGCGGACGGUCGUACAGUUUAAAACAGAUACAUAUAGACAGAAUAGAGCCUCGUUUCAUGAGAGGAAUUUAAAGAUUUAUUUGUUUGAGCAAAAUGGAAAGGCACCGGUUUUGAAAGAGAUUUGGUAGAUGUCAGACAUGACAUAUUUUGGGGAGACAGGGAGAAAGGGCGAAGUGAGUGAAUUGAGGAAGCUACUGGAGCAAGCUGACUUGCGUCAUGAGCAGACUCAGUACACACGGGUGAUACAGCGAGUUAUCGCAUGUAUGACAACAGGAAUGAAUAUGUCCUCGCUGUUUAUGCAGAUGAUUAAGGCUGGUGCAACAAACAACCUGGUUCAGAAGAAGCUAGUUUACCUAUAUAUCUGUACAUAUGCCCAGUCAAACCCUCAAUUAGCACUGCUUACAGUGAACACACUGACGAAGGACGCUCAGGACAGAAGUGCUAUGAUCAGGGGACUGGCCAUACGAAGUAUGACUUCUCUAAGGCUUCCUGACUUGCUAGAAUACAUUGAGGAGCCAGUUGUUGCAGGCCUGAGUGACCCUAGCCAGUAUGUUCGACGGACUGCAGCUAUAGGUUGUGUGAAGCUUUACCAUCUAAACCCAGACUUUGUUGAAGAACAUCAGGUUAUCCAGAAACUACAAGCUUUGAUUGAAGAUCAGGACCCUCUGGUCAUGUGCAACUGUCUGUCAGCUCUAGAUGAGGUUCUAUCUGCGGAUGGGGGCCUCCAAGUGGAUCAGGCUCUUGCCCAUUUCCUUAUGAAAAGGUUAACAAAUCUAAGUGAGUGGGGUCAGAGCCAAGUUCUAGGACUGCUUGUUCGAUACACACCAUUUGAUGACCAGGAGCUGUAUGAAAUUUUAAAUGCCACUGACGUAUACCUCAAAAGCCCUAAUGGUGCUGUCGUCAUGGCUUGCAUCAAUCUAUUCAUCCAUUUAUCCAAAAGUGCUAGACAUCUGGAGGAGGAUAUCCUUGAACGCAUCAAAGGUCCACUUUUAACCUUGUUAUCAUCUACCAACUAUGAGCUUAUCUUCACUGUCCUGUGUCACAUUGAGCUGCUGAUUGCUAGAGAACCACAGCUGUUUGUACCAGACUACAAGAUGUUUUUCUCAAGAUUCAAUGAUCCUCAGUUCUUGAGGAGAAAGAAGCUUCAGAUCCUGACUACAAUUUCAUCCGAAUCAAAUGUUGAGGAAGUUGUAACAGAAUUGAGUGCCAGUGUACAUGACGUUGACAUAGACUUGGCAAAAGAGUCCAUUCAUGCUAUUGGGCAAAUUGCGCUGGUUGUCCCUUCAGCAGCGGAGUACUCCAUUGACACUUUGCUCAGUUUUCUCUCCUAUGAGAUAGAAUACAUCUCUGCUAAGACCCUGGCUGUUAUCUCAGAUCUAUUCCCAAGUUACGAAAAGUACUGCCUUGCAGUGCUUCCCCAACUGAACGAGUGCAUGGAUCUAGUUCAGGACCCUGAUGGCAAGGCUGCUAUUAUAUGGAUAACAGGGGAAUAUGGCCAGUUUGUCUCAGAAAGCUCAUAUAUGUUGGAAGCACAAGUUGAACAUAUCGAGGAGGAACAGUCAGCCGAAAUCAAGCUUCAGCUUUUGACUGCAGCAAUGAAGCUUUUCUUUAAAAGACCUCCAGAAUGUCAAGACUUGCUUGGUCGCCUCCUAGCACACUUCAUAGACAAGGAAGUCAACACGGACGUCCAUGACCGGGCCCUUCUCUAUUACCGAUUGCUUGAGGCUGGUGUAGAACAGGCCAAGAGGAUUGUUUGUGACGUGUCUGAUAGGACCCUAGGUUCCCCAAGAAAAGCCAGAAAAGAUGAAAAAUUUAUGGAAACUUUAUUCUCCGAGUUCAAUACAUUAUCUGUCGUGUAUGAUCAACGCUCCAUUUCUUUUACCAAGCAAACCAUUCCCUUUAUCAAGGGCCAACUUUUCCAGGGACAAAAAGAUUCAUCCGAGAGAAAUAAUAGCACAGCGACACCAGCUGACAUGUCGCUCCCUCAAUCCAACAAAGUCGUUGUUGGAAAUCUUCUGGGACAUGACGUUGGUCUUGAAACGCCUAAUCACAACUCGCUCAUGUUAGGUGCCAGACCAUCGCUCUCGGCUUCUGACUUUCAAAAAAAAUGGAUGACGCUUUUACAGAGUGCCAGUUUUGAGAAGGUAUUGUCUGAGGUACCUUCUGUACCGGAGCAGUUCCAGCAAAGUCUAGCUUCAAGAAGCAUUAUGACGAUGGCCAGCAGCCCAGCUGGACAACCCGUGCAGAAAUACUUCUUCUUUGCCCAACAGGAAUCAGAGGGUGGAGAAUUUCUCCUCAUGGAGGCCACAAUCAAGACAAUAGAUCGCACUUUAACAGUAGUUAUAAAGGCAGAGGAUCCAGAUAUAGUUGAACCAUUUAUACAGCUUGUUCUAGCAGCACUGAAAGGUCGAUGGUUGAACGGUGAUGAGUGAUGGUGAAGAAGAAUGGUGAUGCGUAAUGGUGAUGAAAAAGUUUUAGAGAAAAUCUCUCCAUUGAUGUAUAGAAAACAAAGAAAGAAAAAUGAGAUGUUUUAUAUCGUAAAAUGGUUUUUACCUAGAUAAUAACUAAUUAUAGUCUAAAGGCUAUAAAAAAAUGGGCAGUCUUUUCCUUACAAUGUUUGACAUUUAAGUGUACAGUACAAUAUCACUGUAAAAUAUUUUUGGGUCUGAAGUAUUUUGGCAAGCUGGAAGGGAUGGAAGGGGGCUCUAAUGAAGAAAAAUUGAGUACGAUCGUGAGCUAGGACGAGCUACAUACAAAGAGAAAAUAAUCCCCUAAGUGGUAAAACGGAUGCCCUUGCUCAAAAUCUUGACUACAAGCCUGUAUUGGUACAAAGGGGCCACUCAAAGUCUGGAGGCGCUUCUAAAAUAGAGGGCGGCACAUAUUUAGAAAGACUAAGAGAGGUGAGACAUGGAGGAUAAACAGUUGAUAAAAAGGCACGGAGAAAUCAAGGAAACAAAUCAGCACAAGAUUGAAAAAAUAUUUGUUAGACAAGAAGGUUGGAUUAUUGUGUAACUAAAUAAAAACUAAUUUGCACAUCCAA